CUUCACAUCAGGGCAACCCAUAAUCGCCAAGAAACCCAUGUAUAGAAGCCCUUAUAUCAACACUCUAGGGUAAGGGUUUUUCAUCAGUAACCAGACCAAGUAGCAGCAGAAGCCGAUCAGAAGCAAGCGAAAAUGCCGUCACACAAGACAUUUAGGAUCAAGAAGAAACUAGCAAAGAAGAUGAGGCAAAACAGGCCUAUCCCUCAUUGGAUUCGCAUGAGAACCGAUAACACUAUCAGGUACAACGCCAAGCGCAGGCACUGGAGAAGAACAAAGCUUGGAUUCUAAGGUGUUUUGGGUGUUUGGAAUAUUGGGAUUUGUUAAUUUAAUUGGGUUUUAAUUCGUUGGAGAUUUGAUUAAGAAGAGAAUAGGACUUGAUGUUGUUUUCUACGGAACUCAUGGGAAUCCCACUUGAUAAAUCUUGCUAUGUUUGAAGUAUUGAUUAGCUCAAGUAAUUUUCAAUUUUGAUGAAACUUUCAAGUUUUCGAAUGUUAGUGUUCUUUUAUGGGCUGGGAAUGCUGAAUUGAUUUUGUUUGUUGGUAUGCA